AUGGCAAAGCUUGUUUCGGCUGCUCUCCUUGCCGUGGCCCAGGGCGGCAUCGUACGCGUGCCGGUGGAGAAGACGGUCAGCUUGCGGGAUAUCGCGAAGGGAAUGUCUGCUCAGGUCCCGCAGCUGGCCGAGCAGCAGUUGCUCGGUUCAGACGGGCACGACGUGCCGAUCAGUGAUUUCCAGAACGCACAGUACUUCGGACCGAUCCAGGUUGGCGGGCAGACGUUCCAAGUGAUCUUCGACACGGGCUCCGCCAACGUGUGGGUGCCGGGUAAGAAUUGCAGCUGGCACACGUGUUGGUUCCACCCUCGCUACGACGCCACCAAGUCAUCGACGUAUCCACCAGAUGGCCGCACGUACAGUGUGCAGUAUGGCUCGGGCCCAGUUGAGGGCGUCUUUGCCUCUGACACGGUGACGGUCGGGGAUGUCAAGGUGCCUGAUCAGCUGUUCGCUGAAGUGAGCUCGGUCAGCUUCGGACCGCUGAACUUAGCCUUCGCUGCUGGCAAGUUCGACGGACUCCUCGGCCUCGGUUUCAAAAGCAUCUCACAGUACAACAUCCCAACACCAUUCGAAACUAUGAUUGCUCAGAAGCUCGUCGACGAGCCGGUCUUCGCAUUCUAUUUGCAGUCCGAUGCGUCCGCUCAGGGCGAGCUCGUGUUCGGUGGCAUCGACAAUGCGCACUUCACGGGCGAUCUCGUCAACGUGCCAUUGAUCAGCGAGACAUAUUGGGAGGUUAGCCUUGACAAAAUGACGUUUGGCAGCGAGAGCGUUGCCUCGUCGCAGAAGGCGAUAAUCGACAGCGGCACGUCCCUCCUCGCGGGCCCGAAGGACGUUGUAGACACCCUUGCCAAGAAAGCGGGCGCGACUCUUAUCGCAGGCAAGGAGUGGACCAUCGACUGCAACAGGUCCGCCAGCCUCCCGAGCCUCACCGUCACUCUCGGCGGCCCCUGGAGGACUUCGUCCUCGAAGGCAGCGACUACGUCCUCAACGCAGGGGGCACGUGUUUGUUUGCCAUGA